AUGUCUAGUGUGAAGGAAUUAACAACAAACUUUGUCAAACUCAAGAAGUUUGACGGUGUUGAAUUUAGGAGGUGGAAGAAGAAAAUGUAUUAUCUUCUUACAUCUCUUAAUGUUGCCUAUAUGAUAAGUACUCCAAGGCCGGGUGAACAUGAGAAUGAGACCUUGGAGAACGUUCGGGAAAGAUCGAAAUGGGACAACGACGAUUUCAUUUGUCGUGGUCACAUCUUGAAUGGGAUGGAGGAUGACUUGUAUGAUGUUUACCAAAAUGUGGAAUCGGUCAAGGAGCUUUGGGAGUCCUUGGAGAGCAAAUACAUGAUGGAAGACGCUUCAAGUAAGAAAUUUUUAGUUAGAAAUUUUAAUAAUUAUAAGUUUGUUGAUGGUCGGUCCAUAAUGGACCAAUUUCAUGAGUUGCAACGUAUCUAUGGUAGCUUAGAGCAACAUGGUAUAGCUUUGAAUGAGUUGUUUGUUGUUUUUAGCAUUAUUGAUAAGUUACCCCCUAGUUGGAAAAAUGUUAAGCAUGAUCUUAAGCAUAAGAAGGAGGACAUGACAUUGUCCGGUUUGGCCACCCAUCUUCAAAUUGAAGAAGGGAUUCGUGCCAUGGAAGGAGCUAAGGAUGGAAAUCCUAGCACAUCUACCGUGAAUAUGGUAGAUGAAGGGAGAGCUAGUGCAUCUACUAGUGGGAAAAGGAAGAAUAAAAAUUCUUCCAAAGGAAAGUCCAAAAGGCAAGCAAACAAUAACAAGUUUUCUUGUUAG